AAUCCCUUCCAUUUCGUUUACUUCUACCAAAAAUAGAGAAUCGAAGCUCAGCUCGGCCCUCAAAUCUCGGUCGCGUCCUCCACUUUUUCGCGAUCGAGCGCCGCUUUUGAAUCCCUUCCUCGUUUCUAGCGAGAAAUCCCUCUCUAACUCCGCGGUACCUGUCUCCGAGGAUGGAUGCCGGCGGCGGAGGAGCGUACAGCUCUCGCACUGCCGAGGAGGUCUUCCGCGACUUCAGGGGACGGAGAGCCGGGAUGAUCAAGGCGCUUACUACUGAUGUAGAGAAGUUUUAUCAGCAGUGCGAUCCGGAAAAGGAGAACUUGUGUCUUUAUGGACUUCCGAAUGAGACUUGGGAAGUAACCUUGCCUGCUGAAGAAGUACCUCCAGAACUUCCUGAGCCAGCUUUGGGAAUUAACUUUGCAAGAGAUGGUAUGGAAGAGAAAGAUUGGCUUGCGCUAGUUGCAGUCCACAGUGAUGCAUGGUUACUUGCUGUUGCAUUCUAUUUUGGGGCCCGCUUUGGAUUUGAUAAGGAAUCCAGGAGGCGACUUUUUAAUAUGAUAAACAAUCUCCCUACCAUAUAUGAAGUUGUAACCGGGGCUCCCAAGAAACCCUCAAAGGAAAAAACCUCAAAUAGCAGCAGCAAAAGAAAAACAAGCUCUAGGAUGCAGGGUGAGUCCCAGACUAAGGUAGCGAAGAUACUCACUCCAAAGGAAGACGAAGACAGUGGCGCAGAUGAAGAGGAAGACGAAGAGGAGCAUGAGAACACUUUAUGUGGUGCAUGUGGCGAUAAUUAUGCCAAUGAUGAGUUCUGGAUAUGUUGCGAUGUGUGUGAAAAGUGGUUCCAUGGGAAGUGCGUGAAGAUCACGCCUGCCAGGGCUGAGCACAUAAAACAGUACAAGUGUCCUAGUUGCAGCGCCAACAAGAGGGCUAGAGCUUGAAGCAGCAUAUGUAUCAACUACCAAGUGUUUAAAUGGAUCAUCAGUAGUGUCAAGCAAUCAAUUGCAUGCUGCAAGCAGCGGGCAACUUUAGGAAUCCCAUUGUUUCUUUGUGCCUCUUUAAGUAGAUUGUUAAUUAGAGUUGUGAUUAAGAUUUAGAGCUCGUGUUAGGUAAUCGUCAGUUCUCUUGGUUAUAUUAGGGUUUCAGAUUAGCAAAAUGCUGUAUUUUCUACUAACAUCAAUUCAGCGUGUGUUUGGAGUGCGGCCCUCCUUGUGUUUUGAGUUAAUUAUAGGCCAAACUCUAAAGUAUAUGUUCACAUAUUUAUAAGUUUGUUUUGAAUCUUGCAAAUGCUAUAAAAAUUCGAAUUAAAAUAUAAAAUUUUAAAUAUUUGUUAAA